UGAUAGGCUGUAGCCAUGGAUGUUAACAGAAAUCCAGUGUUCAUGGUUUUUGUUCUCUUUUUAUGCUUAUCUUUCCAGUUCCAGAUAUCUUUUGCUGCGGCUAAAAUCUCUGAAAACCAGUCUCUAUCAGGUGACCAAACCAUUUCCUCUGAAAAAGGGGCAUUUGUACUGGGUUUCUUCGAGCCAGGUAACUCCUCAAGCUCCUACAUAGCCAUUUGGUACAAUACAGUGUCUGAACCGAGCGUUGUUUGGGUAGCAAAUAGAGAUAAACCAGUUUCUGAUAAAUACUCUUCACAAUUAAGAGUAUCAGAUGGUAAUUUAGCUCUCUUCAAUGAAUCAAAUAUUCUAAUAUGGUCAACGUAUUUGAACCCUACAAAUUCAAGCUUUUUGGAAGCGGUACUUCUGGAUGACGGAAACCUUGUUUUGAGAAAUGGGCCUAGUUCAUCAGACCCACCACUAUGGCAGAGUUUUGAUCAUCCAACUCAUACAUGGCUCCCUGGUUGUAAGCUUGGACUCAACAAAAUCACCGGAAAAAGCACACGUCUUACUUCAUGGAAAAGUAAAGAAGAUCCUGCACCAGGACCCUACUCUUUUGCGCGUGAUCCAAAUGGAACCACACAACUUUUUAUCUUGUGGAAUACAAAACCUAUGUGGACUAGCGGUACUUGGAACGGACAAAUUUUCAGCUUAAUUCCUGAAAUGAUAUUGAAUAAUGUAAUUAACUUUAGUUACGUUGACAACAAAAAUGAAAGCUAUUUCGUCUAUUCUCUGUACAAUAGUUCUAUUAUAUCUCGAAUCGUCAUGGAUUUUGGAGGGCGUAUUCAAUUUACUUCAUGGUCAAAGCCCGCCAAGCAAUGGAAUUUGUCUUGGGAGCAGCCAAGGGAUCCAUGUGACUCUUACGCCUAUUGCGGGGCAUUCGGGACUUGCAAUAUGAAAUCCCAGCAUCUUUGUCAUUGUUUGUCAGGGUUUCAUCCAAAGUCAGAACAAGAGUGGAGUUCGGAGGUUUACAAUGAUGGGUGCGCGAGGAAAACCAUUUUGCAGUGCGGGAAUUCUAGUCUUGUUAAUGGGAAGAGUGACCAAUUUUUGGCAAGUCCCAGCAUGGUAUUGCCAGCAAAUUCACAGCUAUGGGCACUGGCAAUGAAGAAUGCACAGGAAUGCGAAUCCACUUGCUUGAAUAACUGUUCUUGCACUGCUUAUGCUUAUAAUGCCAGUCACUGUUCAUUUUGGUAUGGAGAUCUCUUGAAUCUUCGACAGCUUGCAGAUGUUGACCCUUAUGGAGAAACUCUUUACGUCAGGCUUGCAGCUUCUGAGUUCUCAAGUUCUAAAAAUAAAGAGAGAGUUAUUGCGGUGGUUGUGAGUUCAGUGAUUACUUUAAUUCUCCUUGGCCUGGUUCUAUCAAUAAUCCUGAGAAGGACAAGAAUGAGAAAAACAGAGAAGGUAUCAGGAAGUGCGUCUGAGAUCAAAAACACUAUUGCAGCUGGAGGAGGACAAGACAAUACACAGCUGGUUUUAUUCAGCUUUAAAACUAUAUUAGCCGCGACAAGCAACUUUUCCGAAGCCAAGAAACUAGGAGAGGGCGGGUUUGGCCCUGUUUAUAAGGGAAAUCUGCCUGGUGAUCAAGAAAUAGCUAUAAAAAGGCUUUCAAGAAAAUCAGGACAAGGACCCGAGGAAUUCAUGAAUGAGUUGAAACUUAUUGCCAAUCUCCAACAUAAGAAUCUUGUUAGGCUGUUGGGUUGCUGUGUUGAAAGGGAAGAGAAGAUGCUGAUAUACGAGUACAUGCCCAAUCGAAGUUUGGACAAAUUUCUUUUUGAUCCAUCUGAAAAAGCAAAACUGGCUUGGGAUAAACGCCUUAAUAUUACAGAAGGCGUAGCUCAAGGACUCCUCUACAUCCACAAGUUCUCUAGAUUGAAAGUCAUUCACAGGGACCUGAAGGCAAGCAAUAUUUUGUUGGAUGGAGCAAUGAAUGCCAAAAUUUCAGACUUUGGAAUGGCUAGGAUUUUUGGCAUAAAUCAAACAGAAGCAAAUACCAACCGUGUGAUGGGCACUUAUGGUUACAUGUCACCGGAAUAUGCUAAUUCUGGGAAAUUUUCGGAGAAAUCAGAUGUAUUUAGUUAUGGUGUGUUCCUGCUGGAGAUGGUGAGUGGAAGGAGGAACACAAGCUUCCAUCGCAGUGGACUUUCUUUCACCCUUCUUAGCUGGGCAUGGGAACUAUGGAAAGAAGGAAAAGAAGCAGAGCUAAUAGAUCCAUCAAUGAAGGAUACAUGCGGCCCUGAAGAAGCUGUGAAGCGCAUACAAGUGGGGCUGUUGUGUGUUCAGGAGGAUCCGAUUGAUCGGCCAACAAUGUCUUCGGUGGUUCUCAUGUUGGGCAGUGAUACUCAGACGCUUCCACCACCCAAAGAACCAGCAUUUCACACUCGCAGAACUUUAGAAGGUUCUUCUCCAGGGCCAAACGCAUGUUCCAACAAUGAAAUGACUAUCAGCUUCCCUGAAGGUCGAUAGAAGCUCUCAUCUUUUCAAACAGGUUUCUAAUAAAAGAAUUUUUUUUUUUUUCCAACUUCAUAUUUUUCACUUAGGAAAAGUAUAUUUAUAUAAUAAAAAUAAUAAAAUUAGUCUAAAAAAUAGUUUGCAAAUGACAUUCUAUGUCAUUUGCACUUAAUCAUUUAUAAUAUUUUUAUCUCUUUAUAAUCAAGCCUUAGUUUACCUAGCUUUGAGAGAACUAGCAUAUUAGGUGAGCUUGGAUCUACCCUUGUUUUAGUUAGACUUGGAGUCUUGGACCUCAGGCCUUUUUUCUCUCAUACAAUGAAUUAUCAUUUUCCCCAAAAAAAAAAAAAAAACUAUCUCAUGUAUUUCUUCAUUAUUA